AUGUCGCCUUUGCCAGUCAUUAGCUGUGGCAGCACCGAUCCCCGGGUUUUCAACGCUGUCAAACCUCUUUACUUACCUGAGUACGAAAUUAUACAUAAUGUCACCAGCAGCACCUCCGGAGCGGUCGAAAUUCCCCUCUUGCUGCAAGGGCUAGCCCCUCCCAUUGCUGAAGAGCACAACUGGGGCAACAUGGACUAUUCCAAGCCACCCGUGGCUGUCUUCGCAGGGGCUCUGUACGGCGAUAGGGAAAUCGACGAGAUGCGCCAGGGGUGUAAAGGGCUCAGUUCUGUGCCUUGGUUAAAGAUGGAUAUGACCGUGCCCAGACCGCCGCUAGGACCGGGCUAUGCGGAACAUGUCGUGCAGAGGAUCAAAGCAUGUAUGAAGAAGAUCGAAGCUGAGAAAAUGCUAGAACAAGAUGGCGUGUGGCUUUAUUGA